AUGGCCCCAGAUAACCGGUACACCUCAGGUAGAAGACUUAUACUAUCGAUCUUAUAUCUACAAGUUAUUUGUCUUCAAUUUACCAACGAGUGCGAUCAGACGUUCGUGAGUCGACCGGGCGGUCCGAUGAACGGGACGUUUCGUUCGCCGGAAUUCGAAAAUCCGCGCGGCCAUUCGAGGAACUGCGUUUACAUCUUCCUCGCCGGACCGGGCCAAAGGGUCCAGGUGACCUUCGUCAAUUUCAAUCUGAGAGGUUGCUGUCUGCACAGUGGAGCCGCUGUCGGAGAUCUCCCUGCCUGCGUGCACGAGUACAUGGACGUGUACGCCGAGGUCCAGCAGCCCAAUCCAGCCGAGCUGGUGAACACGCCCUUCGGAGGCCGCUACUGCGGUCCCAUACCGCCCCGCCGGCGGGUCUCCCUCUACCGGGCCAUGGCCCUCUCCUAUCACACCGACAAGAACGUCUCCACCGACGAUCUCUUCGUCGGCAAGUACGAAUUCAUCAACGACACGGAGUACGAGAUAGGAACGCCGCAGGCGGGCGGGCCGUGCAAUUUCCUGGUGAAAGGGGCGGUGAAGCACACGGGGUCGAUACUGUCGCCGACGUAUCCGGGCGCCUACCCCAAGGCGUUGCACUGCACCUAUCAGUUCCUCGGCGCGCCCGGCGAACGGAUCAGAUUGGAGUUCAGGGAUUUCGAUUUGUUCUUCGGCGGGCCUCAUUGUCCUUUCGAUUUCGUGAAAGUGUACGACGGUCCCGACAAUAGUUCGGCUGUGAUCGGAACCUACUGCGGCCAACAACGUAAUUUAGUCAUUUAUUCGUCGGAGUCUUCGCUGCUCGUCGCAUUCGUCACCCUCCCACGCACUGCCAAUACUCAGAAUCGAGGUUUCAAAGGGAUUUUCGAAUUUUCCAAUUCCUUCACGAAAUUAGAUUUUAUAAGUAAAAACGACGGGGAGCACAUCAGAGGCACCGAGUGCGACCAAAAGAUCCUCAGCAAAAAGGAAUCCACCGGCCUGGUGUUCAGCCCGAACUACCCGUUCCUCUACAUGCCCAAGCUGGUCUGCAGGUACUUCAUCUACGGCCUGCAGGACGCCCAGCACCUGGAGCGCGUCCGCUUGGAGUUCAUGAUGUUCGAGGUGCCCAAAGGGCCCAAAGGAGAUUGCUCGGAUGGUUAUCUGAAGAUAUACCUGAAAGGGCAGGAAACGACCGAUUCGUACGAUAAAUUCGAUUACGAAAUGUGCGGGGACGACGGCAAACCGACGGUAGUCGUUUCCGAUGGUCCCAGAUUGGUGAUGGUCUUCAGCAGUGGUGAAUUAAUGGGUCGCGGUUUCAAGGCCAACUACACUUUUGAGACUGAAUAUAAAAUACCCGGUACGGCCGCCCCAGAUGGUUCCUGCUCGUUCACCUAUUUGAGCACCAGCAAGAAGAGAGGGGAGUUCAAUUCGCCCCGCUAUCCCUCUAACUAUCCCAGCGACACGAAUUGCACCUAUCUCUUCCUAGCCACCAAUAACGAACAGGUCUCUUUGGUCUUCGACAAUUUCAAAAUUCGCGCCGACACCGUCAACGCCACCAUUGGUUCCUAUGGAACCACCAUUUGCCAGGAAGAUUGGGUGGAAAUCUUCAACGUGUACCGCAACGGCGUCGAGACGAAGAUCGGCCGGUACUGUCACAUGUCGGCGCCGGGCCCCAUCGAAUCCCCCUUGGGCUCGGCCGGCCUGAAGCUGGUCCUGCACUCCGACUCGGAGGGCGUCUACAGCGGCUUCAGGGCGCGCUACAGCUUCGAAACGGCCAAAUCGAUAUUCGGCGAUUGCGGCGGCAACGUCAGCAGCCUCGAUUCGGGCGAGAUCAACACGCCCAACUUCCCCAAGGACUACGAGGCGCCGCCCAAGGACCAGGCGUCGAAGAGCUGCAAUUGGUUCGUCAACGUGCGGCCCGCCUACAAGGUGCUGCUGGUCUUCGAGAAGUUCGCCAUCGAAGGCGAUCCGUUGAACAGGGGCUGUCCGGCGGCGGUGCUGCGCCUCUGGAACGACGUCAAUUCGACGCCGGUCGAAUUGUGCGGCGAGAAGGCGGCCGACGACAGGUCCUGGCAGUACGUUUCGACCACCAGCAGCAUGAGAUUCAGCUUCAUAACGGCCGACAAGGCGGUGGGUGCGCAGGGUUUCAGGGCCUACUGGACGGAGGUGCUCGACGGGCCCAGCUGCGACGAGUUCCAGUGCACCAGGUCGGGUUUCUGCAUACCGGAGAAGCUGCGCUGCAACCGGAUCAACAAUUGCGGCUCCGACGACGAUUCCGACGAGGAGAACUGCGCCGCCGACGAGGUGCCGCAGGAAUCGUUCCGGCUGUCGUACGCCUGCAUCGCGGGCGUCGCGGUGCUGUGCGCCGUCCUCCUGUGCGUCGUCUGCCACCGGAAGCGGAGGAGGCGCGGUCGUCGCGCCGCCGCCGCCGCCGCCGCCGCCCUCCGUCGGCCUGUCUACGUGCCGCCGGUGCCGGGCACGUCGCGCCAGCCGCCCAUCCACUUCUGCGAGGAGCUCGGGGAGCGGUUCGCCUCCGUCGAUAGCGUCUGA